UUAAACUUUUUUUUCUUCCAUUUGAUUAAUUUUAAGAUUUCUUUCCAGCCAGACGUAUGCUAUCUAAUGGAAAGUAUUUCACGGUAACGAAUAUUGCUGGUGGUGGAGCUUGCAUCCUAAUCUGUCAGCUUAUAUAUACUCAUAUAUAUGUGCAAAAGAAAAUCCAAACGAAAAUCCGAGAAUUUUCUCAUUACAGAGGUGCUUUCACAGUAUUAUCAAAGCAUAGAAAAGCAAUGGAUUUUUUGGGACUACCACUUACUGUGGGAGAAGUUGAUUUGGUGGACAGGAAAAGGAAUUAUAUCGAUGGACGGAUGUCUCAGUUGCGAAUCCCGAUUUGUGGAGAACGUGACGGUGGAAUAAUGGUAGUUCGAGCGGAACGUGAUGAAGAUGGUGAGGACUUUGAAACGGCGCAAAUUGAACUCGAGCUCGAUGAAGCAGGUCAUAAUAUUGUCAUUUAUGAUAAUGGGAGGUGGUCUGGAAGCUUAGUCCUUCUAGACAAUUCCACCGAUAUCUGUUCUAUUUUACCCUCUAAUCAAUUUUGUUGUCAUUUUAAGAGUUGAAUGACUUGUCCAUUUCAAUUUUAUUUUUGAAAUUCUUUGAAUCUUUUUCGAUCUUAAUACUUGGGGUGGACGAACCACUUUAUUAAACUAUAUUCUAGAUUUCAGGCUAAAACUUGUUGGAAG